AUGCGCCGAGGAGUCGCUUUGAGCCAAUUCUUGAAUGGCGCUUGGCGUCUAGCAGUUGCGCUGAUGGUGAUUGGGGCGGAAGCUGGCGCUGCUCUCAGCGUCCGAGCAUUUGAGGAGCUGGUCUCGGUGAAGAUUAAUCGAGGCCUGUUAUCACUGAAGAUACGCCCGAACUAUAAUGUGGUAACGGGCUAUCCGACCAAGACGAACGACUGGCAGCGAUCGUACUUCUAUGUUAAGUCCGAUCGCUCGGCUUUCGAGGAGCCGCUGAAGACCGGUUACCGUGUUCUUUGGAACAAUGAAUUUGUUCCUCACUCGAAUACCGCGGAGUACGAGGAAGAUUUCUUGGAGAGUGCUCGGAUUAUCGCGUCCCAGAAACAGGAUUUUUGGGAGAACUUCUCGUACAGGAGGAUUCGUAGGUCGAUUGAUCGGAUCAAGCGGCAGGUUUGGCGUUCGGACACCGUUCCUCUCAUCACCAAAAAGUCGAAGAGAAUCAACUUGUUCACCAAAGCCGAGCAGAUUGAAAUUAACCGAGCCAGAGCUAUGAGGGAAUUGCCGGAUCUAAGUUUGGUGGUUGGGAAGCAACUCGGGUUCGUGGAACCGGACCAAAGCUCUAACGCAAACUCCUCUGAUCCCGGGGAGCCGAGAGCGACUGAGUCGGACGGGGCUCAGCUCGUGAGAAAGUCGGGGAGCAAGAGGAAGGAGAGGGAAGGCGUUUCUUCCGAGGAGAAGCAAGCCGAGGAGACUUCCACCGGUGGGGGCGCCGGAUCGGAGAAGAAGCGGGCGCGCAAGGAUCCCGUUGAGGUUCGGCCUUCCUCUGUGGAGAGAGGUGAGCUCCAGGCCUUGGAGCCUAGCAACAAUUCUCGAGAUGACGUUCUCCCGGAUCCGUCUCUCGAUGAGUGCCGGCGAAUCCUCGGGCACGAGAUAGCGCCCAAUACGGAGAAGGAAACCGUGGAGGCUCCGACUACUGCCGUUUCCCUCCCCAAGGCGGCGGUUCGUGAAGAUGCCCGGGGAUCGAACAGGUCCUCUCCGAAGGCUCAGGAGGGUAAGGCUGUGCCGAAGAACCUGCAGGGGUUUUGCCCGGAUAAAGUGGACUUCAUUUUCAAGCGGGACACUCCUCUCGUUUGUAACGAGAGAGAUUGCGCUCGUUUCGUCCGCCAAGUCCGGGGAAGUAGGGAGCAUCUCCCACUCGUCAAGGACUUAGUUUUCCAAGACGAGUACACCGCUGCUGCCGGUUCCUCGGUUAAGAGCCAAGGUGACUGGAACGAGGUCGUCCGCAUAUACGACAAAGAGCUGAAGAGGACCUAUGGUGUGAUUGAUAGGCAACGGCGCAACACCAAGGAGGCGACUGUCGCCUUAGAGGUCAUGCUGAAGAAGAAGGACGAAGCGGUUAUUGCAGAAGCGGCCAUGAGGGAUGAACUCUCCCAGAAAGAGGCGGCUAUGAACAAGGAGCUGAAGCGAGCCCGGGAGUUGGUUAAAGCGCUCGAGAAAGAGAAAACCAAGCUGGCAAACGAGAAGAAGACCCUCGAGGAAGAGAAGGCGGCUGCUGCCUUAGAGCAUUCCAAGGAGAUGGAUCGUCUCCGAGAGUCGCGCCGCUAUGAGGUUACUCACGAACGGAUCCGAGUAAUGGCGGCGAUGCAUGGGAAAGCCGCCGUUCGCUUCCAGAGGAUCCAGGAUCGGGAGUCCCGUCGUGAUAACUUUGAGGAUGCGAGAUGCAUGCUCGGCCAGGCUCGGGGGAUGAGACGUUGCCUUGAAGGGAUGAAAGCGGCAGGUAAAAACAUCUCUCAGGGAGAUAUUGAUAUCUACGCCGGGCAAGAGAGGCAUUAUGAUGCGGAGGUGAAGCGUUUGAUCGUAGAUGAUCUUCUCGAGAAGGACCUUUCUUUAUCUCCUCUCGUGCUCGAGUCGAGGUUCGUUAUCCAGGAGAUGAUGGAUAAAAUCGACAAAUUUGGGUCGAACAUGGACUUGCUCGACUCCGAGGCCGCCAAGACGCUUCGCACUCCCCUCAGAGCACCAGGGGAUCGAUCCGAAGAGCCGUCGAAGAGCCUUCUCGACACCGUUCAGUCGCCAGCUCGCCCUGAUGCUGUUCUCCCGGGUCAAGAAGUUGCCCUUAAGGACCCUUCCGUGGCUGAGGAGACGAACAAGUCAGCUCCCGACGAACCGAUCUCCAACACGCCGGUCAAUAUCUCCGACUCGCCGUCAUUCGAGGAUGCGGAUUCUGGCGCGAGUGAAGGACAUCUCGAGGGGGCGGACUCUGGCGCGAGCGAAGAACAUCCCGAGGAGGAUCUUCCUGCCUUGGAUUAGUAUUUGAUGUUUGUUGUAUCUGACUUUUGGCGCUUGUGCCUUUAAAACUAUUUCCUUUUCUCGGCUAAGGCCUUUUGUUGUAUGAACUACUGCCUUGCUUUUUCUUCAGA